CCAAAGUUGAUUACAACUCUCCACCCAGCUUCUUCCCUUUUCCUUUAAAAAAUCUCGCCAACGACGACCGACUCAAUGUGCCCACACGCUACUGGUGACUCUCUCCCCGCUGACAAGUCUGAAAUGGUUGCUAUCCCUCUAAACGGCGAGUCCUCCACCUCCACCACCAACGGCACCAACGGGGCCCCUGCCUACGGCGUCAACAAGCAGGGAAUCAAGAAGCGAGGCACAUGGAGGGCACCCGAUGCUCACCUCAACCGCGAGGUCAAGAACCCCUACGCCGCACGCGCAUCCGACUUGCUAUCAAAUCUUUCAAAUUUCAACAUCAUCGAGAGCACACUGCGAGAGGGUGAACAAUUCGCUAAUGCCUUCUUUGACACCAAGACCAAGAUUGCCAUUGCUAAGGCCCUCGAUGCCUUUGGUGUCGAGUACAUCGAACUCACUUCCCCUUGCGCAUCAGAGCAGUCAAGAGCUGACUGCGAGGCUAUUUGCAAGCUCGGGCUCAAGGCCAAGAUCCUCACCCACAUCCGUUGCCACAUGGACGAUGCCCGAGUCGCUGUAGAGACUGGUGUCGACGGUGUUGACGUCGUUAUCGGAACUUCAUCCUACCUCCGUGAAUUCUCGCAUGGAAAGGAUAUGGCCUACAUCACCAAGACCGCUAUCGAGGUCAUCGAAUUCGUCAAGUCCAAGGGCAUUGAAGUCCGAUUCUCAUCAGAGGACUCCUUCCGUUCCGAUCUCGUCGACCUUUUGUCCAUCUACCAGACUGUAGAUAAGAUUGGUGUUAACCGUGUCGGUAUCGCUGAUACCGUCGGCUGCGCCAACCCCCGUCAAGUCUACGAUCUCGUCCGAACCCUCCGAGGCGUCGUCAGCUGCGAUAUCGAAGUCCAUCUUCACAACGAUACCGGUAUGGCCAUCGCCAACGCCUACACCGCCCUCGAAGCCGGUGCUACCCACAUCGAUACCUCCGUCCUUGGUAUUGGUGAGCGUGUCGGAAUCACUCCGUUGGGUGGUCUCGUUGCCUGCCUCUACGCCGCCAACCCCGAAUACGUCAAGUCCAAGUACAACCUCCCCAUGCUUCGAGAAAUCGAAAACUUGGUCGCUGAAGCCGUCGAGGUCAACAUCCCCUUCAUGAACCCCAUCACUGGCUACUGUGCUUUCACCCACAAGGCCGGUAUCCACGCCAAGGCUAUCCUUAACAACCCCAGCACCUACGAAAUCCUCAAGCCAGAGGACUUUGGUCUCACCCGAUACGUUUCAAUUGGUCACCGUUUGACCGGUUGGAACGCCGUCAAGUCUCGUGUCGAACAACUCGGCCUUCAACUCACUGAUGCUGAGGUUAAGGACGUUACUGCCAAGAUUAAGGAACUCGCUGACGUCCGAACUCAAUCCAUGGACGACGUCGACACCCUUCUCCGUGUGUACCACUCUGGUAUUCAAUCAGGAGAGCUCGCUGUUGGCCAGAAGGAAGCUCUUGACCGUCUCUUGAGAAGACACAAGGCUGAAGCUCAGGGCCGCGCUGCUAGCCCGUCGGUGGAGAGAAGUGAUUAAUUUUCAUUAGUAAUCACCCCAGUUUUCCACUUGCCACGGCUACGCGGAACUAUGGGGCUCCACUUCCCCGUUCCCCGUCUGGCGCACGACAUCUUUAUGCAUCCGCUCCCUCAAAAUGCACGGUUUACUCAUCCCCUUUCCUCGGGUCAACUCGGGCCUUGGGGAGGUGUGAUGGAUAGCCGGUUGCCAAACACAUAUAUCUUAUCGCUAUUGUGCCAUGAAUUAACUAGCUAAAAAAAGGCUAGAUGUAUUUCUACUUGCAAUACUUUCGAGGCCUGGUGGUGUUUUCACUCACUGAGGCAGGACGCUUCAUUUUCCUUGCAUUAUCUACAUCCUUCUGUACAGCGACAGAACCACAAAUACACAUGCGACCACUGAUCCAU